AUGUUUGAAGAAAGAGAAAAGUCACUUGAAUUACUGCAAAAACUAUACGAUUCUAUGAAAGAGGAUUCCCAACUCACAGAUAUGAAUAUGCAACAACAAACGAUGUUUUAUAAUUGUUCAAAUAAUAAUGAUUUUUUUGAAGCUUUGGAAAAUAAAGUGAGUGGUAGUGCAUCUGAAGCUGAGGAGGAUAAAAAGUAUUUGUUAAUUCCUGCUAUUUUUGUACCAAGCGAGAGAUUGUUUUCAACUACUGGUAAUUACAUAUUUGCAAAAUAUACACAACUAUCUCUAGACUUGGUUAAUCAG